UUGUGUGGCAGGAAACAGCAGCUCCCUGCCUGCCCGCCUGAUCUCGCAGCCCAGCCUUGGCUCCUGCCUCAUUGUUUCCAGCUCCACAUCCUCCUCUUUCACACACUCCCAAGGGCUGAGCUGGUUUGGGAAGCUGGAUAAAGCAGAUCCACCACAGCCACGGAUGCCGUGAGUCGGGGCAGACCCCGUCCCUCUCAUGCGGAUUUGUUCUCAGCAAUGCCGACCUGACAGUGUUUCCAAGGCAAUUGUGGGAUUAAUGUGCCGUCACCAUCAUCUGUAACCAUGAAGCCCCGAAACACCAUGGACACUCUUCUGAGAGUGCUGGGAAGAAGAGAGAGCACCCGAGUACCAAGUGGCCGCCGGCCUGGGAAGGUGUCCGAGCCUCACACCUUCAAAGAGAAAGUAUUUAAGAAGAAGAAAAAGGCCUGUGUUGUGUGCAAGGAAUCCAUUGAGACCCAGGGUCUUGUUUGUAAAGUGUGCAAAGUGGCAAGCCACAAGAAAUGUGAAGCCAAGGUAGCGUCAUCCUGCCAGCCCCUCCCUCUACCUGAACUGAGGAGGAAUACAGCUCCAGUCCGGCGUAUUGAGCAUUUGGGCUCUACCAAGUCCCUCAACACUGCUAAGCAACGGAACACGCUACCCAGGAGUUUCAGUCUAGACCACGUGAUGGAACGCAAGUAUGACUUUGACCUCACCUACAUCACUGAGCGCAUCAUCUCUGUCUUCUUCCCCCUGGCCUUGGAGGAGCAGCGUUACCGUGGCAACCUUCGGGAGGUUGCCCAGAUGCUAAAAUCCAAGCAUGAGGACAAGUACAUGCUCCUCAACCUGUCAGAGAAGCGGCAUGACAUCAUCAGGCUGAACCCCAAGGUGCAAGACUUUGGCUGGCCAGACCUCCACGCCCCACCUUUGGACAAAAUCUGCUCCAUCUGCAAAGCCAUGGAGACCUGGCUGAACUCAGACCCACAGCAUGUGGUUGUGCUUCACUGCAAGGGCAAUAAGGGCAAGACCGGCGUGAUCGUGGCAGCCUACAUGUACUACAGCAAAAUCUCUGCAAGUGCAGACCAGGCCCUCAGCACGCUGACCAUGCGCAAGUUCUGCGAGGACAAGGUGGCUGCUUCUCUGCAACCCUCCCAGAAGAGGUAUAUCCAGUAUUUUAGUGGGCUACUCUCAGGCACCAUCAAGAUGAACAGCAACACCCUGUUUCUGCACCAUGUUCUUCUCCCAGCUAUCCCUACCUUUGGGGCUGGAGGAGGUUAUCAACCCUUCUUGAAGAUCUACCAGUCCAUGCAGCUGGUGUACACGUCUGGGAUCUACAGUCUUCAUGGUUCUGGUGGAACUCAGAAGCUCUGCAUCAGUCUGGAGCCAGCCUUGCUCUUGAAAGGGGAUGUCCUGGUGAAAUGUUACCAUAAGCAGCUCCAGGGCACCGAGCGUGAUGUUGUGUUCCGGGUCCAGUUCCACACCUGCACCAUCCACAGCACCCAACUGUGGUUUGGUAAAGAUGAGUUGGAUGAAGCCUGGAGAGAUGAACGGUUUCCAUUUGAAGCAAGUGUGGAGUUUGUCUUCUCUUCCAGCCCUGAGAAAAUUAAAGGCCGCGAGACCUACAGGAACAACGCUGCUGUUGCAGUAGAUUACAACAUCUCCAAUCCCAUAGUGCGCUGGGACUCCUAUGAAAACUUCAACCUGCACCAUGAGGACAGCCUGGAAGAUGUCUUGCACACCCGGGGCCCUCUUGAUGGAAGCCUUUAUGCCCGGAUCAAGAAGAAAGGGGACCUGAGUAGCUUCUCCUCCUCCACCACCAAUGGCAGCCCCGGCGGACCAGAGUCCCCUCCGCAGCAAGGUGGCCGCUUCCUGUCCAUCAGCAGUGACUCGGGACACUCCUCCCUGCUGACCGAGAAGGCGGACGAGAGCACGCCACCAUCCAGGCCACAGCCCACAGCUGCCGAGAAGGAGGAGCUGGACCGGCUCUUGGGGGGCUUUGGUGUCCAGCCUCGGCAGCCGAGUGAAGGGAGCUGUCCCCGUGCCGUUUCCCCUUCUCCUACCAAAGAGAGAGAAACUGCCAUUUUGGAAGAUGAGCUCUCAGACAUCGGUCAGCCAGGAAUCCACUUUUCCUACCAAGCUCAGCGCUCUGGCCUGGCCCGCCAUUGUUCCUGCCGCCUUGGGUACCCUUCCCACAGCCCUGAGAGGCCUCACAACGUGGCCUACUACAGACCAGAUGGCACUCUGGAGCGGCGGCGGCCCCUCUAUAAUGGCGGGCCCCCUCACGCGCAUCCCGAGGGGUACGAAGAGAAACGGCGGGUGUUGCGCUCCCUGUCCGAGGGCAUACAGCCCCACGCCUACCCCUUCGGCCAUGAGCCACUGCCGCCUCACAGCCCCAGCCGGCGGGAGCAUGAGGAGCUGCUCAUCUUGGAGGACCCACCCACUUUCCUAUGCCCCUGCCAAGAGUGCCAAGAGAUGGCUCGGGAAGAGGCAAGGUUGCCCACGGCUGCCUUCUACAGCCUGCGCCUGGACCGUGACCCUGAUCUGUGGGGGGUGGAAAACGCAAGGCCGCCGCUGCUUCAUCACCCGCUCCACCGGGAAGGGCAGCCUGUGCCACUUCUAAUGCCCGCUACCUAUGGGCACCACCAUGUGCCCCAUGGGCAACACCAAGCCUUUAACUUUGAGCCCAAGAUGGUGGCAGGGCACAUAGGUCACGCUUACCCAGCCCACCAGAGGUCCAAAGUGAUGGAAGAGAAUGCCGAGGCGUUUCCUUACCCCCGCUAUGGCCCCCCUUACCCUCCAGGGCCAUCCUACGACUACGGCCGGGGCCCAGCCAAGGCCUGCCUUGUCUCUGGGUACUCUGGAUCUCCCCACUCCAUUUCGCCAACCAGCCCCCUGUAUCCACCAACCAGGAAGCAGGGCUAUGAGCCCCCAGAGAGCAGCGGCGAAUUCCUCCCGCCAGCACCUGUGGAAAGGCAGCGUGAGCUGCAAGACUGCAGGGAUGGCAUGAUGGCCUGGCAUGACGGUCCCAUCUCCCUUCCGCAGCAUCGUCAGGAGGUACGGGCUCACUGUGCAGACAUCUCUGGCUCUCCCACUUCCUUCCACACCAGCAGUCCAGUAUUCAGCAGUGACAGCCCUGGCACCUACAAGCCCAGCAACAGGGCCACCAACCCCCCUGAAAACAUGCUGCGGCUGAGCCCCGAAGAGCUGGCUUCUCCUGGCUGGAAAAGAGGCCCAGAGAAGAUGGCUUCUUCAAGCAGCCCCACACAGAUGCUCACCCCAAUGCAGGCCUUCACACACCUCCCCACUUUCCGCCCCCAGGCUAAUGGGACUUCUCUGAGACCAGGCCUCCAAGCACCACAGCUGUGCCCACGCACCCACUGUUCUUCCAGCCCUCCACACCUCACCCCCUCACCCACAGCCAAACAUGGCGUCCCGGCAGAGGACCAGCCACACCAGAAUGGUUCAGAGAGCUCUAGCCUCCAGGCCACGACAGUCUCCUGCGAAUCGUCUGCUGAGGGAGCCUCACGGCCUCAGCUAAGCCCCGUCAUGGAGAGGCCGGCCCUGAGGAGCAGCUUACGGGUCCCUUGCUACAGCCAGCCGCCUCCCGGCUGCAGAACUGUGUCCAGCGCUCCAGCCUCACCUCAGAUCCCAGCAGCCUACAACGGGCAGCUGCACUGUGAGAGAAAUGAGGCCGAGGGGAGCCCCCUUCUCCGGUGCCCCAACAGCAGCCCCUCUCUUGGGCCCUACCCAAUCAGUGUCCAGCCGCCAGCCCCUGGCUAUGGUUUCGCGGACAUGCAGGGCUCUCCAACCCCAGCCUUCCCCAUUGCGACAGCCUACUACACGGGCGCAGAGAGCAGCCUCUCUGAACGGGAUCCGCCCUGCGAGCCACAGCAGCCCCCGCUGCCUGAAAAGCAUCACAUACCGGCAGCCAGGAACUGGGAGAGGAGCUCACCGCCUGGCCGUAGCCCUGGCUCCGCUCACCAUGUCACAUUUGCACCUGGCGUACCUGAUGGCAACACACCUGGCCCAGCUAACAGCUCCGUUCUUAGAACAGAUUCACAGCAAGAGAACCAGGUUAGCGUCAAAUUUGUCCAAGACACAUCAAAGUUCUGGUACAAGCCUCAUUUGUCCCGGGAUCAAGCCAUUGCCCUUCUGAAGGACAAGGAGCCUGGGACCUUCCUCAUUCGGGACAGUAAUUCCUUCCAGGGGGCCUACGGCCUGGCUCUGAAAGUGGCAACACCUCCACCCAACAGCAUCAACCACUCCACCAAAGGCGAUCCUGCUGAGCAGCUGGUGCGUCACUUCCUGAUUGAGACAGGACCUAAGGGGGUGAAGAUCAAAGGCUGCAACAACGAGCCCCAUUUUGGAAGCUUGCCAGCCCUGGUGUCCCAGCACUCCAUCACGCCCAUCUCCUUGCCUUGCCGUCUCCGUAUCCCAAGCAAAGAUCUUGUGGAGGAGAGCGCAGAGUUGGCUGUUCCCACCAACAUGAGCACAGCUGCUGAUCUGCUGAAACAGGGAGCAGCCUGCAGUGUGCUGUACCUGAGCUCUGUGGAAACAGAGUCCCUGACAGGCCCACAGGCUGUGGCCAAGGCAGCCACCAGCACCCUGAGUGCCGCUCCUCGUGCUUCUGCCUGCGUCGUGCACUUCAAGGUGUCAGCCCAGGGCAUCACGCUCACAGACAACCAGAGAAAGCUCUUUUUCCGGCGCCAUUAUCCUGUCAGCAGCGUCACUUUCUGCAGCACAGAUCCUCAGGACCGCAGGUGGGCUAACCCAGAUGGCACCACGUCCAAGAUCUUUGGCUUUGUGGCCAAGAAGCAAGGCAGCCCAUGUGAGAACGUCUGCCACCUCUUUGCUGAGUUAGACCCUGAGCAACCGGCAUCGGCCAUUGUCAACUUCAUCACAAAGGUUAUGCUGGGGACUCACCGGAGAUGAAGGGACACUGCUGCAGAUCUCUCUGCAGGCAUCUUCUUCUUCCUCCUCCUCCCCACCUUGACCACUGAUUUGUGCUGCUCAUGUAAUGCGGGGAGAAGCUGUUAUUGGGCAGGUUGGCAGGCCCAGGUGGAGUCACUACUAGGGAGUUUUCUACUCCCCUGCCUCUCUCCCACCUACUGGUCAGCAAAAAGGGCUCUAGGGGGAGUGGAUGUCAAGGCUGCACUCACUUCACUGGACCCCAGGAGUCAGCAUUGCACUGUGUUUUCUUACUAGCAGACAAACGUGCCAAUGGAUGACAACUUAGAAAAGGACUGUACAGCUUUAAAUAUUUGGCUGAUUUUUUUCAUAAGCUCAGACAAGGCUCUGCAGCACAACAGUAACUGAAGGCGUCUGGAAGCAAUGAAUAUGUGGAACUGUCUGCAUCCAUUCAGAGGCAGCAUGUUGUACCAUCCUAGUAGACGAAGAGGUUAGAAUUACUCUGGGCAGGCCAAGGGUAGCAUAAGGGCCAGCUUGCAAACACCAUGCUGGGGAAAUCUGGUUCUUGCUUCUCCGCUGCAAAGCAACAGAAGGCGGGUGGUUCUGUUUGCAGGGUCAAAGCCCCAGUGCGAAAAGCACCUGGGGAUAUGUUUGCCAGGGUUGGGGUUGGGGAGGAGACUAGUGGGCAGGUUAAGCUCUCCCCCUACUUGCUGUUUCCCCCACUCCUGCAAAUCCCUUGCAUAUGGGCAUGUGUGCCAUUUUGCGGCACAGAACCAGCAGCCAGAGGUCCCAGCCCCAUGUCUGCUUCUGAUCAUGCAGGUCAGUCCAGCCUGGCUAUAAAUACCCUUUAGACUUCUCAAAGUACUAACCUUGUCUUCCAUUAGUGAGGAAAAGUGCUCAACAUGGUAAGAUAAGUGAUCCAUUUUGGAAGUUUUAAGCUAGGUGGACAGCAGUCAGUUCUACUGUUAGCUUUCUGGAUGUGUUGAAGUAGAUAAGCAAGUGUUUGUGACUCCCAAGUUGUGACAACCAGAAAAUACCCCCCCCCCAGUGUUACAUUACUGAAACAAAGGAGAUGGGCAGGGGGCUCCCCGGAGUGUUAUUUGUGUGUGUCUGAAAGACUGUGAAAGUGGUUAGAGGGUCUCCGGGUUUUAGUAAAAAAUGGAAGUAGAUCUCAUAAGCCCGAAGCCUGUCCGCCCUGUUUUAAACACUCAAGCUAUGGCUGCAAAGCUGGUCUUGGGUGUUUAAGAAUUCUAAUUUAUUUAUUUUUAAUGCCCCUCCCUUUCAUCCUUUGCUGUACCAAUAUAUUUUAUCAGUCUGGCAGUCUUUCUCACCAUUGGCUCUGAUGCUUGGAUGUGGGUUUCAAUUAUUUUCCCACUACUUUUUGCCAUUUAGAAUGAAGGCCUUGCUUUCUGGAUAGGAUUCUAAGGCAACAACCCUUCAACUUAUUCCAAUCUACAUCUUGAAUAGAAUUGAGCAGCACAAGAGGGGCAAUUCACUCACACCUCUUACAUAGAGAGUUUAAGCUAUCGGGUAGUAUUACUGGACCCCCAACUCCCAUCAGCCUCAGCCAUUACAGCCAAGGGGCAGGGAUAAUGAGAGCCGUAGUCCAGAGAUAUUUGGAGGCUCAUGGGAUCCCUACCCCUGAUGUAAACAGCAUCCAAAAAGACAGAACCCAGACUGCAGUAGGGAAACAGUAGGAUCUGUAAAUACUCAAAAUUAUUAACACGGGGUGGGUUUUAGGCCAUCAGUGGGAGAAAGAUUUGUAAUGCAAAUCAACACUCUGACCAAAGCCAGUUUUGCAUUCACAUUGCAGCAAGGGUCAUGCAUGAAAAUGCACUGAGUGUGUAAAGGAGGUGCAUAGUCCAUAACGUCUCUGGUGAGCUACCUUUCUCCUAGUUCUAUAAUGGAGCAGCAUUUAUGGCAUUAGGCAACUGUAUAUGAUAGAGGGGUCAAGUGGGAAGCAAUGGAACCUGCUGUAGUGCCUGAGUAAGGAUGCUUGGUCUUCAAAUUACCUUGUGGCAGGAGCUGAGAGUGGCGGCAGCAAUGUGUGCUGAACGGACCAGAGCACAGUGAAGAGAAUGGGACCAACUGCUCUCAUAUUCUGAUUAAAAUUAAAGGCAGCAGUAACCUGGGGGUUAGCAGAGUGACGAACCAGGUUUUCUGAAUUCUGCUCCUAGCUCAGGAGUGCAGAGAGACUGAGUACAUGGAUUUAUGGCUGGAUCAUCUGGACCUGUCUCUGUGGGUGCUUCCGGCCAGAGGCUUGUUAUUGCAAAUAAGUAAUUUGGGUAUUACAAACAGCCAACAGGUGUGUUUUUUAAAUCAGAUUUUCUGCAAAAAGGAAAAAAAAAUGGAUCAAAGGCAGGGUGGGGGGACUACCGCUUUAUUGCAGCUGCUACAGAACCUGUGCAUGUAUGGGCAGCACCAAUCCCAUGUAAGAACCUGUCAGGAAGAACCUUUUGAGAUCAGUUUCCAGUUCUCUCCAGGGCACAGUUGUAAACAAAGUGCUGUUUUUCCCAGUGAAGCAAUGAAGAGAAAAUUGGGAGUGGCCAUUUAUGGACCAAUCAGUUGAUAUCUUUGAAGUUGUAUGUGGUUGCUUUCAGAUGACCUGUUUAUUAAGUCAUCGUUUGCAUGUUUGCAAACGUUGGCUGUUUUACUGAGCAUUUCUUCUAAUUUCUUUGUGGCGAGUUCACAUGACACCGCAACAAAGAACUGUUAUUCUACCCUUCCCUGUGUAUUUUCUCAUGACUUGCCUUACUAUGAAAAAUCUGGGGUGUUGUUUUGUUCUUGGCUUGUUGUGCAAGAGCACAAAAAGCCACUUUAAUCAAGCAACCUUAAUUUGCCAGUAUGCAACUGAAUCCCACCUGAAAGUAUUGACAGUCUGCAAGUGCUGUAUGUUUUUGAACACAAGAUUCUCUGCCAGAUUAAGGAGCACCUACUAACUGUAUAUGCACAUUUGCAAAGAGGAGCAGGGGGCUCUGUUCAGCCAAGGUCUUGGGAACACCUUAAAAAGCUGUUGAAUGGGUUACAGAGAGGUGUCUUAUCACAUGCAUUCCUCAGAGCUGUGUUGCAACAUUGUGUGAGGAUAUUCCAAAGUGUGUUUCCUUUUCAGAGAAGCAGCAGCGUCUAGUGGAUAGAGGCAGCCAGAGAGAGGAUGCUAUACAACAGCCUAGUCUUGCAAUGUUAGCACAAGCCAACUUCUGAGGAGUAAGUGUAUGUGAGCCUUUGAACACUCCUAUAUUCAAACCUCGCCUUUACUCUUCUUUCACUUACUGUCAUUUUCAUUGAGGAUAACAGGAAACCCUGCCAGGUGUGUUUCUUCCCCCUAAUGAAAGGCAUGUGUGGCUUCUUCCCUCCAUAAGGAAAUGUGCAGCCAUUCCUCGCAAAGGGCGUUUGUGCCUCUUCCCUUGUCUGUGCUUUAUCCUGGUUUCAUUAGUGCACUAAUUGAGAAGGGGCUGCUAUACAUGUAGCAGUUUUGCUGAAAAGAAAACCCCACUUCUUGUACCUUUUUUCCAGCACUGGAAUGCCAUGACAGGAGAACACGCAUCUGCUGAAAUGCUGCUUUCAGUGUCUCUCCCAGAGGCUCAAAGCCCAGUGAGACAACUCAUCCUUUUGACCACCAAGUAACUUUCAGGUUGCUUUCCUGUGACGUGUGUCUUUAUUAAGAGCAGCUGUUUACUUUGCAUUAUAUCACGUUGUUUCAUGAGAACCUAAUGGAGCUGGAACUAAAAUGGGGGUUGGGAACUUGGGGGAGGGAGACCCCAAUAUUGUUGGGCUACAGUUCCCAUCAUCCCUGGCCAUGCUGGCUGGGGCUGAUGGGAGCUGAAGUCCCCUGGAGGGACACAGGUUCCCCACCCCUGAGCUACAAAGGUGGUCAUAUUUCUUGCGCUGUAUCACAGCCUUCCCCAACCUGGUGGACCCCAACUCCCACCUGCCCAGGCAGCAUUCUGGCUGGAACUGAUGGGAGGUGCAGUUCAAAACAGCUGGAGAGCACCAGGUGAGCAAAAGAUGCUGCAAUGGGCCAUGAAGAACCUAUUUCUGGGAUGACUGAAACUUACUUACUUUAAAUUAGUCUGUCACUAUAGCUUAUGAUAGCAUAAAAAUAUUAAAUCAU